AUGUUUGUGCAAGUCUUCGCUCGUCCGAAGUGGAACCAAGGCCAAGUGACACUCAGCAAGCGUGUCGACGUUUUAAAUUUCAAUUAUGGGCCUGUCGCGCAGCUCGCUCUCAUCGGUCUCCGCGUACAGCGCAAUGAAGCUAUCACUUAUCUUCCGCGUGGCAGCUGCAGCAGUUUCAGUUUCGGCUCUGCCUGGCAUCGAACGUUCAUCUUUGCGAUCCUCAACGCAAAGGAAGAACUGACGACCCCCUUUGCCAGUUACUCCGCGCACCUCCAAUACUACUUGGAGCAAUACGGCAUUAGUGGUGUACCCAACGAUGCGAUUGUUGGGCUUGGGUGCCGCAAGCUGAUGAAGGGGGGUACAUGUUCAUCAUCCACGCAACUGGGGUGGUGCGACUUGAGUUCUUACGUUGCACCUCACAUUUAUACGUCAUGCGAGAUGAAUGCAGUUUCAGUUUCUGCUGUGCCUGGCAUCGAACCUUUUCCUUUCUAUCCUGAAUGGCCGGUAAGGAUUGACCUCUCCCCCUUGCAAGUUACUCCGCGCGACUGGAAACGUAGCUGGAAAGAACGACGUCGCGCUUGGGUUCGAGUGCUGCAAGCUCAAGGCGGGGGUACACGUUGUACGAUGUUCUACAUGAUCAAGCACUUGGCUUCAUGCAAAAAGCACACUAGUACUGUGAUUUGCGUCCCGAGAUACUAG